CUCUGAUAUAUAAUGGUAAAGGUUCAGUGUAUUAUCAGUCGUCGAUAACAGAGUGAAUCAUUUCAUAGCAUGUAUGUUGUUUGUUUUAUUCCUAUUUCUUUCCUCUGGCUCCGCCCAUAAAUUCCAGUCUGUCUGGAGUGAGAGGAGGAGGAGGAGGAAAGAAAAGCGAAGAGGGGCUACAGAAAUCUGCUUGUGGACCCUGGACCAAAGAGAUGAGAAACAACAACAAAACUGGAGCUGGAUCCGUCUGCUGUUCCACACCUGUGUUUUCCCUCUGGGUCUGACCGGUUCCAGUGUUGUGUUUACGUACAUCCGCCAUCUGAGUUGUCCAAAACUUUUCCCGGAGUUGGUGCUCUUUAACUUCACUUUCUGGCCUGAGAGGAGUUUUCCAUUUGUAACACAAGCCCCGCUGUGUCUCUGCUGCUUCUGGAGGAAAAAACCCAAACCAUCCACAGGGCCUGACAGAGUCUGUGGAGGACAUCAUGGAGAUCCUGGACAGUAGUGAAGCCUUCCUACACUGGGACAGGAACCUGAGUGAGCUAUCUGAGGCCGGGGAGGUGGACUGUGCACUCUACACCAAUCAUUUCUCAGAGCUCCUGGAUGACCUCUCCCAGGAUGCUUUGCUGGGCCAGCUGCUCAGUGAUCCCUUCCUGUCCGGUGUGAGAGGCGGAGGGGAAGCCAUGGAGGGAGAUGACAGUGACCUGUCCCCAUCCUCCCCUCUUCCCCCACACAUCACAGCUGAGCACAGCUACUCCCUCUGUGGAGACAGCCGACCCCAGUCGCCCCUGUCGCACCUGACCGGAGAGCCAGGCAGCGAAGCAGCUGAGUCAGAUGGAGAUUCUGCCGACUGGCCCAUGGAGCAGGAGGAGGCCAUAGACAGCCUCCUGUGUGAGACUCCGUCACUUCUCCCCACCCUCACACUCUCUCUGCCGACCCCUGAUGGAGCCCAAACAGCAGAGGCCCCCACUGUGUCCCCUGCAGCUUCCGUCACCCCUAUUCAGACCACAGCCAUCAGCCUCAACCAGGGAAAAGGCAUCAAGAUAAAGGAGGAGAAUAUCAUCCCUCAGAUUAAACUGGAGCCUCAUGAAGUCGACCAGUUUCUCAAUCUGUCACCAAAAGGUCUGGAGUCACUGCAGAUGCCUCCCACUCCUCCCAGUUCCCACGGUAGUGACUCAGAGGGCAGCCAGAGCCCCGUCCACGCCCCACCGGGUCUGUCCUGCCCCACCUCACCCACCAGUCCCCCUCCAUCCCAGGCCAGUCUCAAAGUGUCACCACGAGCUCCUUCCUCUUUGUCCAACUCCCCUCUGCUCACUGCCCCUCAUAAACUGCAGGGUUCAGGGCCUCUGAUCCUGACGGAGGAGGAGCGUCGUACUCUGGUGGCCGAAGGUUACCCAGUUCCAACAAAACUGCCACUCACCAAAGCUGAGGAGAAGGCACUGAAAAAGAUCCGGAGGAAGAUCAAAAACAAGAUUUCAGCUCAGGAGAGUCGUAGAAAGAAGAAAGAGUACAUGGACGCCCUGGAGAAGAAGGUGGAGACCUGCUCCAACGAAAACAAUGAGCUACGCAGGAAAGUGGACAACCUGGAAUGUACCAACAAGUCUCUGCUGCAGCAGCUGCAAUCCCUGCAGGCGGUAGUGGCCAGCAAAGUCCCCAAAUCUUGCAGGGUGGCUGGCACCCAGACAUCAUCCUGCUUAAUGGUGGUGGUCUUGUGUUUUGCUCUGUUUUUGGGGAGUUUUUACCCGAGCAGUUUGACUUCUUCGUCCACCAUCACUGAAGCUGGUCACACUUCCACACAGCUGGCUGUCAAAGAUUCCUACACAGCCACAGUUAAAUCCAGGAAUCUGUUAUCAACCUUCGAAGACGAGCAGCCACACCUCCUUGGGCUGGGCGGAGAAUAUCCCGACCAAUGGGAAGAUACACCAGCUGUUGUCAUGGCAGCAUGGCGUCGCUCAGAGCAACAGAAACUUGGGGCGGAGCCCAGCAGAGUGGAAACACACCCACCUUUCAGGAAUAAAAACAAUGAUACGCAAACAUCCAAAAAUCUGCUUCUGGACCUGCACAGGUCUAUGGAGCAGAGGGUGAAUGAGAGCAGUAAAGUGAUAGAGCUGGAGCGAACAGUCAACGAGACGUCCUGAGGCGGAUGUCGACACCACCUCCCCUUUGACCUCCCCCCUCUAGAGCAUGGUUCAGUGUCCUGAAGUAAACCUCUUGUUUCCACUGCUGAUGAUUAGAGGCUAGAUUUUCCUGCCAUCUCUGCUUAAUUAGAUACACUGUAUUAGUAAUAACAUGAUUACAAUGACAGGGCACUGGUUGCCUUCAUUUCUGGAGUGAACUUGCACUGAAUAGUUUUCUACAUGAGUCAACCUAUCACUUUUAGUUCCUGUCUGUUGUCUUAAUGGAACAGACUUGAGAAAUUACUUGCAGAUAAGUUCCAAUAUAACUAAUGAAGUGUGGCAUGGCAUUUACUCCAUUGCAAAGCGUGUUAAAAGAUGACAUGUGAGGCUUUUUACAGGACACUGACAAGCAUAAAAGCACGGAGGAUCUUUAUAUUUAUAGAAACUUUUUUUUUUUCUAAAAUUAUUGCUCUUUGUCGUUGUAUUUCUUUUAAUAUUAAAUAUUUUUAUUCCAUUCCAGUAAGUAAGUACAUCCCAUUUUGAUACUUGUGUGUGUUCAUCCUGUUAAUGUUUUUCUUUAUUGUAUUCUUUUAUAUACAGUUUAUAUUUUCUGCAGUUUUAUGCAUCAUUCUGUGCUUGGCUUGUGGGUUCCUGAGCUCAUUUGGAAAAUGUGAAAAGUUCUUAAAAAGUGUAAAGAUUGGGGACAAAAUAAUGAGAAAGUGAUGGUCAAAUUUCAUGCAAAUAAUGUGGGAACACUAAUAUUAUGUAGCUGUAUCAUGUCAUUUCACAAAUCUGUGAGAAUCACUCAUUUAAAAUUGAAAUCCACCAAUGCGAAUGAACACGAAAGGUAAAAAUAUUUGACAUAUGGGACUGUAAGCUACACUUAACAUGUUCUGCUUGAAGGGUUAGGAGUCAUCAUUUAAGUAUUUACUUUGUGUCCCACAGAUUUAAUUCAGUUUUCAUUGCCAGAAAUAAUCACAUUUAUCAGGUUGCUUUAAUUGCUCUUACCAGUUUGGAUCCAAACUGUAUGGUGAUCAGUAACUCUUAUACAAAAAAAAGAAGAUCUUUCACUUUUUUUUUUAGCCUUUUGUCUGCUGGCGAAGCUUAGACCUUGUACACUUUCAUUGUCAUCUCCAAAAAUCUGUCAGCAUUUGCCAAAAAAAUCUUCCACUGAGUUAAAAGUAUCUAUUUUUGUAAAUAUGAGUUGUUAAUAAAUAAGGAAAAAUGUGUCUGUAGUUUAUAAAGUAAUCCAUAGUUCAUUCCAAGUCCGUUUCAUAUACUAAAUAAUGAACAUUUAGUGCUUAUUCUGUCCUGACUUGCUUUGGGCUCAGUUUUGUAAUAAAAAAUGGUGACAUUAAAAGUCUUAAUUGUUCAUUUAAAGUCCAUUACUGGCAGGUUGUUGAGAUUUGCUGCAGAAAUAUUUUCUUUUACAGACUGCUAUUAAAACAGAGGAAAGGCCAGUUCAAGUUCUCUACAUUUAUUGUAAAUAGAAAACAGUCAUCUAUCAUCCUGGGGUUUGAGUAAUAUCUGUCUGACUGUUAAUUAACCCUUGAAAUGUAAGACAUUGUAUGAAACAGCUGAUGGAGAAUCAGACUGUCAAUGCAGAUGCAUCUUUCUAACCUAUUUAGUAGAUCAGUCAUUUGAUCAUCAGAUAUUUAAUGUCUUUUCAGUUUUGUGUAUUCUCAGGCUGCAUUAGUAGCAUGGUGUCUUAGUGCUUAAAAAACCAAAAACAGAUUUCUGAACACAAGACAUAAACAUGGAUUUUAUUGGGAAAUAGAAUGGAAAACUUUGCCCUAAAAUGAAAGAGGCAGUCACUUGAGAGCAGCUUGGUAACAUUUUUUCCUAAAUCAGAUUUUAUUUUGUUGUUGCUUCUGCCUGGACUAGGCUUUCUGUCUUUGCUUUGAAAUGAAUAAAGUAUUUUCCGUAGUAAAAGCAUA